UUGAAUUUCGUUAUAUUUUCAUUUUUUAUUUUUGAUGAAAUUACUGGAAUCGAAGGAUUUAUUUUUUUUAACGCAAUUUGUUCUUUUUUAGCUUUGGCUUUAUUCGAAGCUGUUAAUGCUUUGUGUGGUACGCUUACAGAACUUUGCACGCCUGUUUCUUGUCCAGUUAUGUGUUAUCCGGGUGUUCCUAAAGCACAUUGGAUAAGCGAACGCAGAAAGCAUCAUCUUUAUUCAGCAAUGCAAUACAUCGACUGUGUUAUGUCAUUUUGUGAAAAGUCCUCGAAGGACGAAAGCUUAUAUCCAACUAAAUAUGGUAAUUCAUUUUCCUGUAAUUUUGAAUCUCAUUGUCGACGUUUGUUGCAACUUUUAUGGCAUUGUUGCGGUCAUCUUUAUACGAAUCACUGGGAGCAAUUGUCAGCAUUGAAUUUGCGACCACAGUUUAGUUUAGUUUUAGCACACAUGCACAGCAUCGCUAAAAUUUAUGGUCUUAUGGAUAGUAAAGAACUAUCAAUCAUUUCUCGAACGCUUCAGGUUAUUUUAUCAUUUCUACAUAGUGGAGGUCAUUCCCAUAGCAAAUGGUCGCGAAUGCCCUCAUCAAAGAGUGGAAGUUGGGGUGGUCAUCCGUCACCCUCUAUUAUUUCGUAUAAAUCCUAUGCACAAACUUGUUAA